AUGUUGUUAUUAUUGGCCUUGCUGGGCGCAUUGAGGAGCUCUGCCGCAGCGUCCCGGCGGUGUCAGGACAGUCUGGCCACUCCUCUGCCCUACAGCUUCUUCACCAGCUCCUCUGUGUUUGGACGAGACUUCGGAGCUGGAUACGGAAAGCUCCAGAGAAACCAAGGAGCCGGAGGAUGGGUCCCCUUGGACACGGACCGGUUGCCGUGGUUACAGGUGGACCUCGGGGGCCGGCGGGAAGUGGUUGCAGUGGCAACGCAGGGCAGGGACGGCAGCUCGGACUGGACGUCCAGGUACCGGCUCCUGUACAGUGACACGCAGAGGAACUGGAGGCCCUACCUGCAGGACGGGACCAUCUGGGUGUUUGAGGGGAACGUGGACAGUGAGGCUGUUGUGCGUCACCAGCUGCAGCACUCCAUCGUGGCCCGGUACCUGCGCUUCGUGCCCCUGUCCUGGAGCUCCGAGGGGCGCAUCGGGGUGCGGCUGGAGCUGUACGGCUGCGCAUACUGGGGCGACGUGAUCAGUUUUGACGGCCACAGUGUCAUCUCGUAUCGCUUCAGGAACAAAAAGUCCAAGUUUGUGAAGGACUCGAUCACUCUGAAGUUCCGGACCUCGGCUGGAGACGGCGUCCUGCUCCACGGGGAGGGGCAGCAGGGAGACUACAUCAGCCUGGAGCUUCGCCGCGCUCGCUUGCUGCUCCGGAUCAAUCUGGGGAGCAGUCCCCACAGCUCGGUCCAGGGCCACACCACCGUCACCAGUGGCUCUCUCCUCGAUGACGACCACUGGCACACGGUCCACGUGGAACGGCUCAGAAGAAACGUCAACUUCACUCUGGAUCAGCACACAGAGAGCUUCAAAACCAACGGAGACUUUGACCACUUGGACCUGGACCACGAGAUCACGUUUGGAGGUCUGCCUGUGUCCGCGAAGCCCGGGUCAGGUCAGGGCUUUGUGGGCUGCAUGGAAGGAAUCACCUACAACGGAGACAACAUCACCAGCCUGAUCCGCCGGAAGAGAGUGGACACCUCCAGCUUUGUACGUCCAACUGUGUGGCUGCAGAGGGGCUACAGACCAGGGCAGAGGGGCUACAGACCAGGGCAGAGGGGCUACAGACCAGGGCAGAGGGGCUACAGACCAGAGCAGAGGGGCUACAGACCAAGACAGAGGGGCUACAGACCAAGACAGAGGGGCUACAGACCAAGACAGAGGGGCUACAGACCAGGACAGAGGAGCUACAGACCAGGGCAGAAGGUUACAGACCAGAGCAGAGGGACUACAGACAAAGACAGAGGGGCUACAGACCAGGACAGAGGGGCUACAGACCAGGGCAGAGGGGCUACAGACCAGGACAGAGGGGCUACAGACCAGGGCAGAGGGUUACAGACCAGAGCAGAGGGGCUACAGACCAAGACAGAGGGGCUACAGACCAGGACAGAGGAGCUACAGACCAGGGCAGAAGGUUACAGACCAGAGCAGAGGGACUACAGACAAAGACAGAGGGGCUACAGACCAGGACAGAGGGGCUACAGACCAGGGCAGAGGGUUACAGACCAGGGCAGAGGGGCUACAGACCAGAGCAGAGGGGCUACAGACCAAGACAGAGGGGCUACAGACCAGGACAGAGGGGCUACAGACCAAGACAGAGGGGCUACAGACCAGGGCAGAGGGGCUACAGACCAAGACAGAGGGGCUACAGGACCAAGACAGAGGGGCUACAGACCAGGACAGAGGGGCUACAGACCAGGACAGAGGGGCUACAGACCAGGACAGAGGGGCUACAGACCAAGACAGAGGGGCUACAGACCAAGACAGAGGGGCUACAGACCAGGACAGAGGGGCUACAGACCAGGGCAGAGGGUUACAGACCAGGGUAGAGGGACUACAGACAAAGACAGAGGGGCUACAGACCAGGACAGAGGGGCUACAGACCAGGACAGAGGGGCUACAGACCAGGGCAGAGGGGCUACAGACCAAGACAGAGGGGCUACAGACCAAGACAGAGGGGCUACAGACCAAUACAGAGGGGCUACAGACCAGGACAGAGGGACUACAGACAAAGACAGAGGGGCUACAGACCAAGACAGAGGGACUACAGACCAAGACAGAGGGACUACAGACAAAGACAGAGGGGCUACAGACCAGGACAGAGGGGCUACAGACCAGGGCAGAGGGGCUACAGACCAAGACAGAGGGGCUACAGACCAAGACAGAGGGGCUACAGACCAAGACAGAGGGGCUACAGACCAGGGCAGAAGGGCAGAGGGGCUACAGACCAGAGCAGAGGGGCUACAGACCAAGACAGAGGGGCUACAGACCAGGACAGAGGGGCUACAGACCAGGACAGAGGGGCUACAGACCAAGACAGAGGGGCUACAGACCAAGACAGAGGGGCUACAGACCAGGGCAGAGGGGCUACAGACCAAGACAGAGGGGCUACAGACCAAGACAGAGGGGCUACAGACCAGGACAGAGGGGCUACAGACCAGGACAGAGGGGCUACAGACCAGGGCAGAGGGGCUACAGACCAAGACAGAGGGGCUACAGACCAAGACAGAGGGGCUACAGACCAAGACAGAGGGGCUACAGACCAGGACAGAGGGGCUACAGACCAGGACAGAGGGGCUACAGACCAAGACAGAGGGGCUACAGACAAAGACAGAGGGGCUACAGACCAGGACAGAGGGACUACAGACCAAGACAGAGGGACUACAGACAAAGACAGAGGGGCUACAGACCAGGACAGAGGGGCUACAGACCAGGACAGAGGGGCUACAGACCAGGGCAGAGGGGCUACAGACCAGGGCAGAGGGGCUACAGACCAAGACAGAGGGGCUACAGACCAGGACAGAGGAGCUACAGACCAGGGCAGAAGGUUACAGACCAGAGCAGAGGGACUACAGACAAAGACAGAGGGGCUACAGACCAGGACAGAGGGGCUACAGACCAGGGCAGAGGGUUACAGACCAGGGCAGAGGGGCUACAGACCAGAGCAGAGGGGCUACAGACCAAGACAGAGGGGCUACAGACCAAGACAGAGGGGCUACAGACCAGGACAGAGGGGCUACAGACCAGGGCAGAGGGGCUACAGACCAGAGCAGAGGGACUACAGACCAAGACAGAGGGACUACAGACAAAGACAGAGGGGCUACAGACCAGGGCAGAGGGGCUACAGACCAAGACAGAGGGGCUACAGACCAAGACAGAGGGGCUACAGACCAGGGCAGAAGGUUACAGACCAGAGCAGAGGGACUACAGACCAGGGCAGAGGGGCUACAGACCAGGGCAGAGGGGCUACAGACCAGGACAGAGGGGCUACAGACCAGAGCAGAGGGGCUACAGACCAGAGCAGAGGGGCUACAGACCAGAGCAGAGGGGCUACAGACCAGGGCAGAGGGGCUACAGACCAAGACAGAGGGGCUACAGACCAGGGCAGAGGGUUACAGACCAGGACAGAGGAGCUACAGACCAGGGCAGAGGGGCUACAGACCAGGGCAGAAGGUUACAGACCAAGACAGAGGGGCUACAGACCAAGACAGAGGGGCUACAGACCAGGACAGAGGGGCUACAGACCAGGCCAGAGGGGCUACAGACCAGAGCAGAGGGGCUACAGACCAGGGCAGAGGGGCUACAGACCAAGACCGAGGGGCUACAGACCAAGACAGAGGGGCUACAGACCAGGACAGAGGGGCUACAGACCAGGGCAGAGGGGCUACAGACCAAGACAGAGGGGCUACAGACCAGGACAGAGGGCUACAGACCAAGGCAGAGGGGCUACAGACCAGAGCAGAGGGACUACAGACCAAGACAGAGGGGCUACAGACUAGGGCAGAGGGGCUAAGACCAGGGCAGAAGGUUACAGACCAAGACAGAGGGGCUACAGACCAAGACAGAGGGGCUACAGACCAGGACAGAGGGGCUACAGACCAGGACAGAGGGGCUACAGACCAGGACAGAGGGGCUACAGACCAGGGCAGAGGGGCUACAGACCAAGACAGAGGGGCUACAGACCAGGACAGAGGGGCUACAGACCAGAGCAGAGGGACUACAGACCAAGACAGAGGGGCUACAGACCAGGGCAGAAGGUUACAGACCAGAGCAGAGGGACUACAGACAAAGACAGAGGGGCUACAGACCAAGACAGAGGGGCUACAGACCAGGGCAGAGGGGCUACAGACCAGGGCAGAAGGUUACAGACCAGGGCAGAGGGGCUACAGACCAAGACAGAGGGGCUACAGACCAGGGCAGAGGGGCUACAGACCAGGGCAGAGGGGCUACAGACCAGGGCAGAGGGGCUACAGACCAGAGCAGAGGGGCUACAGACCAGAGCAGAGGGGCUACAGACCAGAGCAGAGGGGCUACAGACCAAGACAGAGGGGCUACAGACCAAGACAGAGGGGCUACAGACCAAGACAGAGGGGCUACAGACCAGGACAGAGGGGCUACAGACCAGGGCAGAAGGUUACAGACCAGGGCAGAGGGGCUACAGACCAAGACAGAGGGGCUACAGACCAGGGCAGAAGGUUACAGACCAGAGCAGAGGGACUACAGACAAAGACAGAGGGGCUACAGACCAGGACAGAGGGGCUACAGACCAAGACAGAGGGGCUACAGACCAGGGCAGAAGGUUACAGACCAGAGCAGAGGGGCUACAGACCAGAGCAGAGGGGCUACAGACCAGGGCAGAAGCGUAACCUGACGUUCACGUGUGCAGACUCGGACUCCUUCCCGGUCUUCUUCAACACAUCUUCAUUCCUGCUGCUGCCGGGACAGCCGGACAGUGACACUCUGUCCGUGAGCCUCUCCUUCAGGACAUGGAACCCUCACGGCCUCCUGCUCUUCACAGCCUUGGCAGACGGAUGGGUAGAGCUGGGCCUGUCCGAGGGGAAGGUCAGCGUCUACAUGAACAUCACGCAGAAGAAGAACACGCACAUCGACAUCUCCUCAGGCUCUGGUCUGAAUGACGGCCAGUGGCACAGUGUCCACCUGCACGCUCUGGAGAACUACGCCAUGCUCACGGUGGAUGGAGACGAAGCCUCCACCGUUAGAACUGCCAUCCCCAUCCAGAUCCAGACGGGAGGAACCUACUACUUUGGAGGGUACUUUGAGCGCUCCAGCAGCCUGUCCCUGCAGCGCUCCUUCCAGGGCUGCAUGCAAGGGAUCCACAUCGACGACCACGUGGCCGACCUGAGGGCUGUGGAGCAGGGACGCAUGGGCAGCUUUGAGAACGUCACUCUGGACAUGUGCGCCAUUGUAGACAGGUGUGUCCCAAACCCCUGUGCUCACGGGGGCCUCUGCUCUCAGACUUGGGACUCCUUCAGCUGUAACUGCUCGGGCUCCGGAUACACGGGGGCCACCUGCCACAUGCCCUUGUAUCCACAGUCCUGUGAGGAGUACCAGCAGAGGGGGACGGGCUCAGGACUCUACCUCAUCGACCCGGACGGCAGUGGUCCUAUCGCCCCCUUCAGGGUCAGCUGUGACAUGACAGAGGACCAGGUGUGGACCAUUUUGAAGAACAAUGUCUCGGCUCAGAGCCCUGUGCCCAGACCGGAUCAGAGCGGAAAAGCUGUUUUCCACCUGGACUACAACGUCACAGAUGAACAGGUCCUGUCCGUCACAAACAGCGCAGACUAUUGUGAGCAGUAUGUGGCCUACGCCUGCAGGAUGUCCCGCCUCCUCAACACUCCAGACGGAGAACCCUUCACAUCGUGGGUCGGUCGCUCCAAUGAGAGGCACUCGUACUGGGGCGGGUCGGGGCCCGGGAUCCAGAAGUGCUCCUGCGGCAUCCAGCACAACUGUACCAACUCUGCCCACAACUGCCACUGUGACGCGGACACCAGGGCCUGGAAAGAGGACUCUGGGAUGCUCAUGUACAAGCAGCACCUCCCUGUGAGCGCCGUGGAGGUGGGGGACACAGGACGAGCUGGAUCUGAGGCCAAACUCACCGUGGGACCUCUGCGUUGCCGUGGAGACCGACACUUGUGGAACUCUGCGUCCUUCUCCAGUCCGGCGUCGCACAUGCUCUUCCCCUCCUUCAGAUCUGAGCGCAGCAGCGACAUCUCCUUCUACUUCAGAACGUCCUCAGCUCACGGACUCUUUCUUCAGAACUCUGGAGCCGACGCCCUGCUGCAGGUCCAGCUACGAGCCUCCUCACUGGUCUCCUUCUCCUUCGGCCUGGGCAGCUCUCAGAUGGAGCUCAUCGUUCGAUCUCCAGUUCCUCUGAACGACGACCGGUGGCACCGUGUGGAAGUAGAGAAGAACCAGAAGGAGGCCACGCUGCGCCUGGAUGGACAGCAGCGAGAAAGCAGAGCUCUGCCUCAGGGCAACAGCCGGCCCGAGGUUUACACGCAGCUCAUCCUGGGUUCGUCCAGUGGUCAAAGAGCGUUCCUCGGCUGCAUGAGGGCGCUCCGGGUAAACGGUGUGGCCCUGGACCUGAAGGAGAGGGCUGAGGUGUCUGCAGGGGUCAGUGCGGGCUGCCGGGGUCACUGCAGCAGCUUCGGGGUGCACUGUCAGAACGGAGGCCGCUGCGUGGAGCAGUAUAACGACUACCACUGCGACUGCACGGACACGGCCUACGACGGGAGCUACUGCACUGAGGAUGUGGGCGGGUACUUUGAGACCGGGACGUUGGUGCGGUACGACUUCCAGCCUGAGGCGCCGGCUCUGGGCAGGGUCACGUCAGGGGCCAUUUCCAGCUCACAGCUCAAUCUGACGCAGGAGGAUUUGUCCUUCAGCUUCAGCACCUCCAGCGCCCCCUGUGUGCUGGUCUACGUCAGCUCCAGGACCCAGGACUACCUUGCUGUGGUCCUCCGCCACAACGGGACCCUUCAGAUCCGCUACAGUCUGGGGGGAUUGAAAGAACCGUUCACCAUCGACAUGAACCACAGAAACAUGGCCAACGGACUUCCGCACUCUGUCAGCGUGUCCAGAAGACUGCGGGACGUCAGGCUGCAGGUGGAUCACUACCCAGAAUCCAUCCAUACUCUACCCUCCGCCUCCGACACCCACUUCAACCUCGUCAAGAGCAUCUUCCUCGGAAAAGUUUUUGAGACGGGGCAGAUGGACCCAGUGCUGAUCGAGCGCUACAACACCCCCGGCUUUGUGGGCUGUCUGUCCCGAGUGCAAUUCAACCGCCUGGCUCCUCUCAAGGCGGCGCUGCGGGCAGGACAGAGCGCCCCCAUCAGCACCCACGGCAUCCUGGUCCCAUCCAACUGUGGGGCAGCUCCACUCACCAUCUCCCCCCUGGCCCCAGACGACCCCUGGCACGCUGAAGCCGCUGGAGUUCACCUUCCGUCAAACUCAGACAAAGCCGCGACUGAUGCAGCGGAUCCAAACUCUGCCGUCAUCGGAGGAAUCGUCUCCGUGGUGAUUUUCGUGGCCUUGUGCUUCCUGGUUUUCCUGAUCCGGCAUCUGUUCCGGCACAAAGGCUCGUACCACACCAAUGAAGCCAAAGGCCAGGAGGCCGCCGACUGCGCAGACGCUGCCAUCAUCGUGAGCGACCCGGCCUUCACAGAGACCAUCGAGGAGAGCAAGAAGGAGUGGUUCAUCUAG